AGUGGGUUUUAUACUGAGCGCGCGUUUUACUCGCUGCGAAACCUCGUUCACUCUCGCGUGAUCAUAAAUCUGUGGUUACAAGAAAACAAUAUGGAGGUCGCCACCGGGGGAAGUGGAAAGUUCAAUAUGUUUACCAACUGCAAAUAAACAGCGUCAUGGCCUGAAAUCACAACAAAAGACUCGAUCAUGGCGACUUAGAUCACAGAUCGUAUCCCUGACUUCAACAUUAACUAUCGAGUCGGGAUUUACACGAUAAAACAUGAAAAUGACGUGCAACUGGUGCAAAGAGGACUAUUUUUCAUUGUUGAUCUCGACCGAUAAAAAAUCACAUGGCGCACUGGAAAUGCUUGUAGAUGAUCUCCAUGCGGAUAAGGAAGCGACCAUUGGAACGUUUUUAAGUCAUUCUGGUGCCGAGGAUUUUCUUUGGGGUCUUGUACGGCUCCUAGGAUGUGACAAUCCAAGGGUGGCGGGUAACUCAGCGUACAUCAUUGGAACGUUGGCCGAGUCAGACUUGGGAUGUAACCGGAUUCUGGGCCUUGCCAAGGCAAAACAUGGAGAAAGUCGAAAAAUCCUCCCUGAUCUCACACGCAUGUUGGCAUUUGAUGAUGCGGAGAGUGUGAUGAACGCUGCUGGAACCAUGGGAACUCUGGCGGAGAGUUACGAGGGUCGAGAGUGGAUGCUCAGUGAACCAUGUCUGGGCCAGACACUGGACCAUGUGACCGCACUUCUCUCGGCAGAGAACCUGUGGACUGCCAGUAAUGCUGCACUAGUGCUUGCCAGAUUAAGUAUUUCUGAAAAUGGAUGUCUGAAGGUUUUGGGUCAUGACAACUCGCAACACAUCCUGUCCCGACUGGUCCAGUCUCUAGGAGUGGACGAGGCUGGUCGCGGAAUGAAUGCCGCUUUUGCCAUAGGAAGACUAUGUGAUAUAGAGGCGGGGAGGAAGAGAUUGUUACAGCUGACGGAGUCGGAGAGAAUGCUCUCAGCGUUAGCAAAAAUGUUGAGUUGUGAUGACACAGGAUCCAGUAAAAAUGCCUGUUUUGCCCUGAGUUGCCUAGCGACCAAUGUAGAAGGUCACACACGCCUACUCAAUAAUCUUCACUCUGAUGACAUUCUGCGAACACUAGCCAACCUUCUCACUGCUGAGGACACAGAAACAGGCUGGUUUGCUGCCAUGACCCUGAGAACCCUGGCCAGUCAGCCCCGUGGAUGUCUGAGACUGAGGGACCAUAGUCAAGUCAUCCCUGCCCUCAAGUCUGUGGUGAGUCGUGACAAUGCCAACACAGAUCUGAAGGAAGAAUCAAGCAUCACAUUAGAAAUCCUCAAGAAAUUAUCCAAACCAAACCCACCUCAACUACAAAUCAUCAAUAACGGUACAACUGUGAAAGCAUCGUGGGACCCUAUAUCUACAAAAAGUGGAUUUCAAGUCCGUUACCAAUUAUUUGAUACUACCAAAUGCAUUUUUACUGGGAAGGAACUGGAGUUUGAGAUUUCUGGGCUACAACCCUGUACUCAGUACUCUUACAAACUCCGAGCUUAUACUGAGGGUGACGAGAGUCCGUUCAGUGACUUCGCAGUCAUUGUCACCGAGGAGUCUGUUCCGAGUGCUCCUAUGAACUUACGGGUAUUAGGAUGUACAAUUACUCAGCUGAAGAUUGGCUGGGACCCUCCAGAACACCUCAACGGGGUCCUGAAGGGCUAUACUGUCUAUCAAGGUGACAGAGUUAUAGAGAACACGACAGAACUGGUGUGCAUUAUCUCUGGGUUACAGGCCAACACCUCAUAUGACAUAGAGGUUUGUGCAGCUACCUCCAAAGGUAAAGGAGAGAAAGCUUACAUGGUUGGAACAACUUCAGAACUAGGUGCUCAUGCUCCAUCCAAGCCUCACGUCCAGGUAAUAGGACGUAACGAGAUCCACAUCACCUGGGACCCGCCGGAGGUCCCUCUAGGGAGGAUCACACGUUAUGACGUCAUCAUGAAUUCACAGUGUAUCUAUUCUGGUACCGACCUCAGCUUCACAGCUCGAAGGCUUACUCCAGACACAGAGUAUGCCAUCACGGUGACAGCGUUAACUAACGAGGGGAAGUUUAUAAGCAAAGUCACCAAGAAGAGGACUUCCAAGGAUGAAUAUGACUCGAACCGUCCACCACUGUAUCAAACACCCCAAGCACGGAGAGAAAGUACUGUGCUGGAAGAAAAAACACCUGUUGUUGUCCAACCAAGAAAGAAGAAAGCUGUCACGGGGUCGGAGGUCAAGUCGAGAGCUCUCAGUGCUAAGAGGUCAAGUACACCUGGUAAAGAAAGGACGAAAACACCUGCUGACUUGCGAGACCCCCACACCCGCCCUAGCUCAGACUCGUCUGCACUACUUAAAAUGAGCCAGCGGAAGUCAAGUAGCAGUGUUUCUUCAGUAGCUAUUCAGUCCAUGGGAACAAAGCUUACGGAAACAGAAUCGGAUCAUGACAAAGAAAGUCAACGAGAAACGAGUUCGCCUCAGAAGACGGUGCCACAAGAAGUUCCAAGGAAAGAAGUGGUUCAUCGAACACGGUCGCAAAAUAACCCUGUCCAGGUCAAGGAGGCGUUUCAAAGUAAACCCCUACCACCAAAGGCUGAAAGGUCACAAAAUAUUGGUAAGAUGUUCCCGGUAACAAUGAGUUAUGUUUCAAUCCAGGGAAACCAAAAAAGCUCAGGCGAUGAACCUGGAUCGAUUGCACCAGAACCACAACAACAGACGAAGAAAGCUUUUGUGAGAUCAGGAACUUUCGUUGAAAGUAAUAAUGUUCCUGCGAUUCAUCCUGGACUCAAGAUGGAGCGUUCAAGAACAAUAAUGAACAGUAAUCGACGAGUAGAUUUUCGCCAUCGUGGGGUGAAAAUAACAAUUGAUCCAAGUAUCUAUACUAAUCAUACUCCAAAUACUCAGAACUCUAGAGGACCUCCAGACCUCUCCCCUAAUGCUGUAUCUAUUGAUAGACAUAUUUCUAAGAGGAACUCCAACCUCAGCAGUGCCGGCACAGUCCGGGCGAUAGUGAAUGAUUUAAACUCAGUGAGACCUCCUUCCAAUAAAAGUCAGAUUAGUAGUAACAAUGAUUUAAAUAAUUAUAGGCCGCCUAAUAAGACACUCUGUGAUACUCAUGGAGAUGUAAAAUCUAUGAAAAAUUCAGUGACAUUUGCUCACACGGAGUCCAACAGGCCACCGACAAAAAGUGCGGUAUCCAAGGGUAACCACGAACCUCGUAUAGCGUCAGGGGAAAGACCUGUUACCUACCCUGACAGGAAGAACAGAUUCAGAGAAAAUGCUCUACCAAAGCCAGAGCCACCGAGCCAGCAGUACCUGGAGGGAACUCAGAGCUCAAGUCCCUGGAGCUCUCGUUCUAUGACUAGUCCAAGGAACUCACAAGAUCUUGGUAGAUCCAAAUACGACAAUGCUGAAGUUGAUGCACUGACUAAACGCCUGAUAGAGCAGGGGAGUGUUAAGGACUCCCAGUGCACAUAUCUGUCCCCAACGGGCCAUCCCAGUGAUAGCUCGUACUUCCUAGAUAUGCAACAGGUGUUUGUACAGAGGGCCAAUAGUUACAUUAGCAGUCACAGCCAAAACUAUGAGGAAUCGAAUGGUGAUCGGAAAGGUGGAGUCACGCUGCCUAGCUUACCAAAGCCUAGAAAUACCAGACCGCAUGUUAGCAAACAACGUAUGUCUGACCGGGCGUAUCGGAGUGGUGACAGCAGUUUGUCGGGAAACCCUAUAAACCUAGGUACCGAUUUAUUGGAUAAUAAGUCGCCUAUGGUACAAUGGAAUACCAAAUUUAUCCCGAUGCAACUGCGAACACAACCCUCUAAUCUAGCACCAACUCAGCUACAGAGAGUCAACACGACAUUACUGGGUGAUCCGAAAGAUCGAAUUGCAUCAAAAGGUAUUCAAUUUAAGCGUAUUGAGGCGCUGACAAGAAGUCAGACUCUGGUGGACAUGCGUCAACCAUUGGGCGUGUCCCCUGGGAGCAAUGCACACUCUCUGACUCUCGGGGAGCAAGCGGAGAUGUACCCUAUCUCCACUGUUCCCACACACAGAAGUUCGGCACGAGACAGGGCUUCCACGGUUAGAAAAAAUCCUCGAAGCCAACAGAGGUUAGCCAGAUCGCCGUCAGCUCGUCAUAAAGAGCCGGACUCGCUUCUCCUUCAACAGUCUUGGUCAAGCAGUGCUGCUAUGGAGAGCGCCAGAUGAUGUAUCUUUACAAUACCAAUGCCAAUAAUGCUGCAAUGGAGAAGUUAGGAGGACACCCCUCUAAAUAUAUUAUUCCUGCAGUACUGCUCCACCAGCACUGUUCCAGUCAUAUAGUGAAUCCCCAGCAGUACUAUUCCAGCAGUGCUGCAGUAAAGACUGUCUACGUCGUACCUCUACCAGUACUAUUCCAGCAGUGCUGCAUUGAAUACUGCCCAUGUCGUACCUCCGCCAGUACUAUUCCAGCAGUGAUGCAUUGAAUACUGCCCAUGUCGUACCUCCGCCAGUACUAUUCCAGCAGUGCUGCGGUGAAGACCGCCUUAUGUCGUUCCACCACAAGUACUGUUCCAACAAUAUGGCAAUGGAGACUGCCUGGUGAUGACGACGUUAACGCUACUUGUCUCUAACAAUGUUUUUAUGGAAAUCGUAAGAACAUGAACUUCAAUAGAAAUUACACAGAAGUGCAGUAAUAUAGAUAGUGAGAUGACGUCCACUAAUGAAUCAAUUUAAGCUGUGUGAUCAGUGCGCUGAAUAUGUUGCCUUGAAAAAGAUAUGAUUUUCAGUUCAGAUAAAAUAAUGACAAUGCUUUUUAUAAUUUGAUUGUAAUAUCAUAUAACCUAUAUAUCAUUCACUGUAUUCGGUUUAGUUGCAUUCAGCAUUCAGUGUCAUUUCCAAUGGAAUUCGAUUUAACGGGUUCACUUUACUUUCCCUUUUCUUGCUAGAAUAGAACUAAGCAUAUGUGAAUUCUUCGAAAACCGAAGUAAAAAGAAAACAUAAUUUUCCAAAAAUUUUCAGUUGGCAAUUACAUCAGUGUAGUAUGCAAGAAACGCUAUUUUUUUUAUUUUUUUUGCAUUAUGUUAAUUGUAUAUUCGUUUGUUUAGUGUGUCGAGUCAUCCCCUGGACUGAAAAUUUACUGAUUUUAUAGACAGAAUAUAAGUAACGGAAUAAAUUAAACGAUGUCCAUUUUCUGAUACUUUACACGCACAGUAAGCUCAGUUUUAUGUGUAAUAUAUUUUAUAUGGGGAAUAUUACAACAAAACUUUACUUACCCCCGGCAUAACUGUCACUCUAAAAGCGAUAAGCUUUAAGGCCACAAAAAGUGACCAAACGCUCCAGUCUCUAGAUCUGUUAAUGGCGGUAAAGAUAGGUUUCGGUCAAUGUUUUAUUGAUAAGAACCUGUUUUGUGAACCACAAAUUCUAUCACCUAAAUUUGGAAUUGUUUAAGUGGAUUUUAAUAUGCCUUAUUGCUAAACAUUAUGCCUAGAAGGUUAAGCAUUUGCAAUAUUGCUUCCAUCUUUUGAGAUAUGGUUUCACAAGAAAUCUUAUCAUGUUUAGACUAAUAUUUGUCGUAACAUUGAUUGACAACGAGCAAUAUGCAAACCCUUCUUCAUUUCUAGAUUCUCAGAAAUCUCAGAAUUUCAUAGAAGAUAUACCAAAAACGCAGCAGAUAUCGAUAUUACUUCAAAAGAACGUGUUUAAUUCUUUGACUGACGACAAUGUUUUCCGAAUGUUAAGGAUUAAAGGGUAUUUUGUCUUGCCGGUAUACAAUGCUUAAAUAUGCUAAAGGGCAAUGUAAUUUGUUGUAACUGAAACUCGUUAGAUAUAAAAGUAACAUUUAAAGCAAACACACCACUGAAGAACAAUAAUGCCUUAGAUAUAUUAGUUCAUUUCGAGAAAAAAUGUUUUCCGAAUUAAUAUAUGUAUCAUGUAAAUAUUGUCAAUAACAAUAGACUAGCGUGAUUACCAUUAAUUGAAUGCUUAACAAAUAUUUAGUGUCCCUUUGGACAUGUGUUAAACACUUUCAUUGAUAUACAGAGCACUUUGUAUUACCUCCUUCUUAGUUAAGUAUCAUUCCAAUUCAGUGUUAAUUGUUGAUAUAUUUAAACUGUCCUUGCAAUGUUUAAUGCGAAGUUUUUUUUAAAAUCAGCAUUAAUCAACAAUCUAUCUCGUCUUAUAAAAGCCAUACAAGACUUGCAUAUUUUUGUGGCACAGUCUUGAAUUCUAAGUGGCAAACUAAUAGAUAUUUGCAUUGCUGUCAAUUUUGUUUCGGUGUAUAUGAAGUGGGUCUAUUCUAGCUAUUCAUAUUUAUGUUAUUAUAUUCAAACAUAUUCAUUGUAAUUGUCUAUUCCUUUCAGAAUUAUGAUCGAAAACUAAUGGGGACAAUUAUAUACAUUUUUGGAUUUCAAAUAUAAUGAAAUCGCUUAUGAGCACGGCUUAGGCUAAUAUAAUUAGUUGUAUUACUAUAAACAGAAGAAAAGGUAUAUGUUGGACCUAUAUAUAUAUACAUUGUUUUAUGCUCAAUCUAAUUAAAACGUGGUGUCUAUUUCAAUAUUUUCGUUAUGCCCAAGAUGUAGCUUUGAUUAGACUGUUUUAUGCUAUAAAUGACUGUGAUGAUAGACUGUUAUUUUCAUUAUGUGUUUUUUAAGAACUAUAUAUGCUUUUGACUGUGAUAAAUUUAAACUAUUAUAUCAGAUUAAGAUAAUUUAAAUUCUAAAAAGCACCUAUAAUUAACUUUUAUAUAAUGUAUGGUAGGCAGCGGAGUAAAGAUGGCAGAUAAGGCAGUUCCUGUCAAACAGUGUUGUAUUUAGAAUCGAGUAUGGAUGGUUGGUUCGAAGUUUUGUUUCAAAUCGCCUAUUUGGGAUGAUCUGUUCUGUUUGCUUAAAGAAUCUAUCAGGAAUCCCCAUGAAAACUUACAAUGGUUGCUUCUUGGUUUAGUUGGAGAUCUCCCCGGGUCGUCUACUUUACAAUUCGUUAUUACUAAUAUAUACUGGAAUCCGACCAAUAAAUCACAUUUGACAAUAAUAUUCAUGUCAUACAAAUGCGAAACAUGUGAAGUGUUUAGUCAAAUAACGACUGAUUUUAUUGAUAAUAUUAGAUAUAAUUGUUCAAUCAUAAUGACAAAUAUAUGUCCACUCGUUUUGUCGUUUUUAAAUGUAUUUUAAAGACAACCACAUAUCUUUCGAAACAUCAGCUUUAUAUAGCGCAUACAUUAUAUUUUUCUGACCGUUCCCGCUAACAAUGGAAAUCUCGGACGUAAAUAUGUCCGUAAUGUUCCAUAUUAGUAAAUUGUCGAGACAUUUCUUGUGGGGUGAAGUACAGCUGUUAUGCUACUUUAAUUCAAGAAUGUUAUUCUGUAUUAAGACACACUGGACUAAACAUUACCAUGAACUCAAAAUUGAUUUUUAUUUUUAAAUUUUUAAAAACUGUGACAUGCGCAGAAACGAUAUACUCUAGUAGUACUUGUAGUUAGUAAAAUAUUGCGUGUCGUAGCGCAAGAAUAAAAACAAUCAUUUUUACUAUAUUUUCACUUUCACAGCAUCAAUUCACAUUUAAGAGCGCUUCCUACGAACAUUUUCAUGAAAAUUUGAAAGCAUUGUUAAUUUUGGAUAUUUUUUCCUAAAAGAGUGCUUUCAUGCGAGUGUUACAUACUAUGUCACUUGAUAUAUCUCGUAUUGCUAAUUACAUUGUGUUAUUGUCAUAUACUUGCAAUAUUAUGUUACUCUUUGAUAGAAGGUAUCCGUGUGUAUAAUGGACGAUUCCGAAAACUUCAUAUACUAUGGCGUUAUUUGGUUAUGUGUCAGACUGAUACCAUUUUGGUUCUUUUCAAGUUUAACCGUCGCGAUUCGGAUGUUAUCCUUGUGAAUGAACGUCCGACUUGGGAUGAGCUAACAUAUAUAUAACUUUCAUCAUUUUGUUGAAACCCACAUGACAACUAUUUUUCGUAUUUAACUUUAAACAAUAAAACCUAAAUGACAGUUGUUUCCCUAUAUAUAAGGUUAUGCAUUCCGAUUAUAUUUAUCUAAAAUCUUUGCUGGGUACCAAAAACUGCGAUAUUUUCCCGCCAAAUGUUGAAAUAAUGAUUUCAUCGUAUGUAUAAAUGACUAAAAUGCAAUAUUAUCUUGACAUGUUAUAGGCUUGUACUUUAAAACGUGACGAUUAAAACAAUGUAUG